AUGGAGAGGGUGUUGUGGGAUGAGCUUGCAAGGGAGAGUAAUUCUACUGAUCCUUGGUUGGUAACAUGGGAUUUUAAUAUUAUAGCGAAUGAUGGGGAGAGACAUGGUGGUAGGCCUAGACCUGUGGUGGCCAUGGAGGAGUUUAAUUAUUGGAUACAUAAUUGUGGUUUAAUGGAAUUGAAAUAUUUGGGUAAGAGUUAUUCUUGGUGCAAUGAGCAUGCCGGAAAUUCAAGGAGUUGGGCUCGGUUGGAUCGUUCUUUGGUUGAUCAACAUUUUCUUGAUGCUUUUCCGGAUUCAGUUAUGAGAUAUUUACCUCGUACAUCAUCGGAUCAUGCUUCUAUGGUCAUUUCAUUCGUGAAGAGUUUUGAAGGGUAUGGGCCGGCGCCUUUUCAUUUUCAGCAAAUGUGGGUGGAUCAUGUUGAUUUUGUUAGAUGUGUUCGUGAGGCUUGGGACCAAAAUGAUGUUGGUGGUGCUCUCAUGAAAAUGGUGGCAAAAUUGAAAAGGGUGAGUGUUGCUCUAAAAGCAUGGAAUAAGGUAGUUUUUGGGUGGACGAGUGGACACAUUCAGGAGUUGGAGGCUCGUAUAGAGAGGUUGGAUGAACAGUUGCAAGUGAGAUAUGAAGAAGAUGUGGAGCAGGACUUGUUGGCUUCAAAGAUGGAACUGGAUACCUGGACUAAUCGUGAAGAGAUCCGGUUGGCUCAGUGUGCCAAAGUUAGAUGGUGGAAACAUGGCGAUAAAAAUUCCAGGUAUUUUCAUGCUCUUCUUAAUAAAAGGAAGCAAACUAGGAUUAUGGAGAUGACUAUGUCUAAUGGUACUACGUUAAAAACACCGCAAGAUAUUCAUGAUGGUGCUAUGAAAUAUUUCAUAGAUUUUUUGGGUCAAUCUAAUCGUGUAGUACUUCCAGAUUUGGGGGAUUUAGUGUCUCAUGUGAUCUCGGACGAGGAUAAUUUGAGGUUUUGUUCUUUGCCUACCGAAGAAGAGGUGAAACAAGCUGUUUUCAGUAUUCCUAUUGAGAGUAGUCCUGGCCCGGAUGGGUUUGGUUCAGAUUUCUAUCGUGCUUGUUGGGAUAUUGUGCAUGUGGAGGUGGUGGAGGCUGUAAGGGAUUUUUUUAAGGGAGUUUUUUUCCCUAGAUUUUAUACGGCUUCUUUUGUUGUGCUUAUUCCAAAAAUGGCUCAGCCGACAGGAUUUGAUAAGUUCCGUCCUAUCAGUUUAUGUUCUGUUUUCUACAAAAUCUGCACUAAUGUUUUGGUGGCAAGGCUUGCCCCUUUAUUGCCUUCUAUGAUCUCCUCUGAACAGUGUGCCUUUAUUCAAGGAUUUGGUUUUCCUCCUUCUGUUAUGACUCUGAUUAAAAAUUGCAUUGAGUCGCCUUGUUAUUCGCAUCCGAGAGGUGCGCCUCUUGUUUCUCACCUUCUUUAUGCAGAUGAUGUAGUUAGAUUCACAAAUGGAAGGAAAAAGUCAAUGCGAGAGUUGAUGAAGGUUAUUGAGACUUAUGAGUCUUGGUCCGGGGAGCGAGUGAGUAAGGAGAAGACGGCAAUAUAUUUUGCGAAGCAAUUCUCUACAAGGCGGAAGAGGGAUCUAAUGAAUAUCAUUGGUUUUAUAGAAGGUAAUUUUCCUUUUACCUAUCUUGGUGCACCGAUUGUUACUGGAAGGCUUACAAAUUUACAUUUAGAUCCUAUUCUUAAUCGGGUGAGGAAUAAGCUUGGGGGGUGGAAAGUGAAGUGUCUUUCGGUUGGGGGCAAAUUGAUUUUGUUGAAGCAUGUUUUGUCGAAUGGUAAGGGGAAAAAGAAAUGGGCGGGAUGGAAGUUGAUGUGUAAGCCGACUGAAGAGGAGAGAAUUGGGCUGCGUGAUUUUGAUGAGGUACAGCAGUCUUUACACAUGAAAUUUGCAUGGAAAAUUAUGACUGGGAGUGAUCUUUGGUCACAAUUUUUUCGUGCUAAAUAUGUUGGGGAUAACCAUAUCUCCUUAAUGGAUCCUAAGAAGGGGUCUAGAUUUUGGAAAAUAGUGGUUAAAUGUAUUCCAGCGGUGUUAGAAAAUUCAAAAUGGAAAGUUCGUGAGGGGAAUAUUUCUUUUUGGUGGGAUAACUGGUUAAAUGAAGGUCCUCUUGCUAAUUCUUAUCCAGUGAUUGAUGAAUCUAGUAUGAGGUUGGCUGAUGUUAGAAUUGAAAAUGGUUGGGAUAUUGAUGUGUUGGAAAGAUUAGUGGGAGCACAAAAAACAGAGGAGAUUUGUAGCUUUUUGGGUGUUCACAAAGAUGGUGAUGUGGCUUCUGAGAUUUGGAAGAGGUUUUCUCUUAUCUUGGGACUUCCUUAUGAUCCAAAUAGACGAUGGUGCAAGGCACGGAUGGAAGGUAAAACCAUAUUGACAGAAGAGAUUUGGAGGUCUAUUUGUGUGUGGCUAAGAAGAGUGCAAAAUUCCUUAACAACUAUUACUAAGAUUGGUGUUGUUGAUGAGGAAAGGUUGAGGGACUUGAGCAUACCGGUUUUACCUAUUAAAAAGGUGCAGGCUAAAUUGGUUUGUUGGAAAAAGCCAAAAAAUGGUAGAUUGAAAUUGAAUAUAGAUGGAUGCAGUCUUGGUAAUCCAGGAAGUUCAGGUGCGGGGGGUAUUAUUCGGGAUAUGCAUGGCAAUAUGGUGUUGUCCUUUUCAUGCUCUCUUGGGGUGGGUUCUAAUAACCAUGCGGAAUUGAAAGCAUUGUUAAUAGGGUUGAAAUAUUGUCGAGCUUUGGGACUAAAUCAGGUGGACAUUGAGUCUGAUUCUUUGAUUUGUGUAUCUUGGAUUCAGAAGAAACAUUGUGGAGUUUGGUAUUUGGAAGACUUCUGGGAGGAGGCUAUGAGAUUGUAUGCAGGUGGGGUUUUUACUAUUCAUCAUGUUUAUAGAGAAGGAAAUGCAUCGGCUAAUUUAUUAGCUAAAAUGGGAGCUCAUGGCUCUACCUUAGUUUAG